AUGUCGACCCGAAACGCCUCCGACACUCGAGGUCUCACUUGGUACAAUUUCCUUGCAGUCUCCUGCUUCUCCAUGGGAGCUAUCUUCUGGGGCUACGACAUCGGAAUUCUCUCUACAGUACUUGUUGCCCCUGUGUAUUUAACAGCGCUCAAGAAUCCCAGUUCCGGCGAAUCGGGGCUCAUCGUGGCCAUCUUUUCAGUUGGUAGCUGGUUAUCGUAUGCGUUCGUGGCUGGUCAGGUCAAUGACUGUCUAGGUCGACGCUGGUCUGGUGUUACUGGUGUUGCUGUGCUCUGCGUUGGCGCUGGGCUUCAGGCUGGCGCCGUUCACCUUGCAAUGAUGGUCAUCGGUCGCUUCAUCGCUGGAGUUGGAACCGGCAUUGUGGCCACCGCGGUGCCGCUGUAUCUCUCUGAGACCAGCCCAGCGCGCCAUCGAGGUGCGAUUAUCACUAUCUCCAUCGCCUUCUGGAUAGGGUACGGCUUCAGCUUUUGGAGAGCAGGCAAUGGCGAGAGUUUGGGGUGGCGCCUUAGCAUCUUCAUUCAAUACGUCCCAGCUGUCAUAUUCUGUGUUGGCGCUCCAUUCCUUUGCGAAAGGUUCGAGCUCCUGGUUCUGUCUCAAAUUGUCAAUCUACCACCUCUGGCCUCCCUGCUGACCUAUGCCUCUUCAAGUCCUCGUUGGUUGCUCGAACAUGAUCAGCUUGAAGCUGCUGCGAAGGCACUCACUCAUUUGCGUGGAAGUGAUCGCCCCGAGGUCGUCCAGGCCGAAUUGGAGGAAAUCCGCGCGAUCUUGAUCAAGGACAGGGCACUCUGGGCUCGUCUAUGGGGAGCGUGGGCCCUCCAGUUUCUGCAGCAGUUGAGUGGUGCAGGUGGCAUUCGGUCAGUCUCGCGUCCUCAUUAUGACUGCUUAUCAUCGUUCCGCUGA